AUGAUUGAAAUAAGCGAGGUUCUUUUUGUUUCCACUAGUUUAUUAUUUCUAAUUGUAUCAACAGUUCACGGUGGCUCUCCAUUACCGAGCAUUCAAGUUGAUCCAGACACGCAACAUUUCGUUGAUGAAUUUGGUCGUAUACGUAUAUUUCACGGUGUUAAUGUCGUCUACAAGCAACCACCUUUUUUACCCAAUCUGACUGAUUUUGAUCCACAAAAUUCGCUGACGGAAUUUGAUCUUGACAAUCUUCACAAAUGGGGUUUCAAUGUCAUACGUUUUUAUACGUCUUGGAUGGGUGUCAAUCCGAAAUCACCAAAUGAAUUUGAUGAAACGUAUCUUUCUCAACUGUCCACCGCUGUCUCCAUGAUGGAAAACAAGAGUAUUUAUGCUUUGCUCGAUUGCCAUCAAGAUGUCUUUUCACGAUUCUUUUGUGGUGAAGGUCUACCUGAUUGGGCGGCUAAAAAUUUGGGCAAUGAGACUCUUAACCGAUUUCCGUUUCCUUUUCCAAUUAAUUUUACACGCGAUUCGGAUACAGGAUAUCCAGUGCUUGAUGAAUGCUUGAAAUAUACUUUUGGUCAAUACUAUCUCACCGAAGGGGUGAUUAACGGAUUCAAAAUGCUAUAUACAGACGGUAAUGGUACUCUCGAAGCAUUUGGCUCAUUCUGGCAUAAAGUAGCCAGUUAUUUUGCUGAUCGGUCAUCUGUUCUUGGCUAUGAGCUCAUCAAUGAACCAUCAUUUCCAGCAUUGGCUGAUGUUCUACAAAUGGGUCUCGUCGAUCAAAAGUACUUGGCUCCGAUACAAUGUGUUCAAAAAUCAUAA